AGCACAACUAUUUGUCAUUCGAGAACAUUUCCUUCUUGUUUGUUGGAUUUGACAGUAAAUACUGUGAAGGAGGCGGUGUCUUAGUGCUGGAGUUAAACGGCUGUGUUUGUGCAGAGCGACUGACACUUUCACCAUGUCUCUGUCUCUGUCUCUGUCUCUGGCUCUGCUGCUGCUCGCCAGCUCCCAGGCAAGUCAUUAUACUGGCACGGUCAUUACCUUCCACCCAAAAAACCGCACCGCAAAUGGAGAUGUCAUGGUCGUGCUUCGCUAUAAGCUGAACUUCCGCUUGAGAGGCUCGGACAGUUGGACCUGCUACAGAGGGAAUUGUGGGAGUCAGCGUUCUUUGACGCUGAACGAUGUGUCCAGGGAGAGCGGCAAUGACUGGUUCCAGAAGGAGGGAAUCAUGACUCGGCAGGUUCCCUACGGCGCUCCUUUUCAGCUGACGUUGGAAGGUGGUAACUGGAUAAAUAACAUGCAAAAUGGCAUCGCACGCUGGAGAGCCGUGACGCUGGUCGAUCUGAGGAACCGGUCCGACACCAGACAGGCCAACGCGUCACCUCAGACCACCAUCCUGCCCGUGGUGAGGGUUCCUUUCAACUGUCAGAGAGAUUUCAACCUGUUGGCGUUUGACCCUGACGGAGACGAGGUUAGAUGCAGGAAUGGAAGCUCAUCGCUGAACGAGUGCAACCCCUGCACGCCACCGUCUGUCCUCAGCCUCUCGCCGUCGUGUACUCUGUCAUUCAGCUCCAACAGCAGCGGUGAUACAGGUCCACACGCAGUCCAGCUGGUGAUGGAGGACUUUCCCAGACAGAAUAUCUCACUGACUCAAAGCAACGGGUCACAGACGACAAUAACUACAAACAACGCUUUCAGCAAAAUACCCGUCCAGUUUGUUCUACAGGUGGACCCCGCGGUGCCAUCCUGCACAGAGGGACUCUAUUUGCCCACGUUCCUGCCUCCAACGCCGGCCAACAGAGCUCGGCUUGACUCCAUGGUCAAUCAGACCCUUUACAUCAACAUUAGAGCGGCUGCAAAUUUCUCUGUGAUCUCUGAGCUGCUGUUCAGCGGGCCGCACAACGUGAUCCAGACCAGCUCAGGACCAGGUCAGUUCACCCUGAGCUGGACGCCGUCUCAGAGUGAAAACGGAGAGAGCCACCCCAUCUGCUUCGUCGUCCAAGCGGUUUUAAAUUCAACGAAGUAUCAGUCCGAGAUGCGCUGUGUCAUCGUAAAUGUUGGAAUAGUUGUCCUUCGUCUGACGGCGAGACUUUCCUCUGUGCUGCCUCUGAGUGAGGAGUACAUCAGGAGUACUGUCCUACAGCAGCUUGAAAACGAACUGGUGAAUAAAGGAUUGCCACCCGGCACCAAUCUGACGUUACUGAGGAAGGUGUAACUGGGAAUCACAGCCACCACUGACCCCUGCUGCUUCAGUGUGAUCACUUAUCGACUCGCGUAUGAAAUUGCAGAAACUUUCAUCUCAGUUUGAAGGUUGAACUGGGGAAACUGGAGUUUGCUAUUUUUUGUGGGGAGAAGAUACAGAUGCUUUUUUAAUCAAGGUCCAGUCAGCAGCUUUUCUUGGACUUGUGACGAUAUCUCCUGAUCUUCAUUAACAGAUGGGAUUGUCCUAGUGGACACUCAUUGAACUGUGAAUGUUCAAAUUUGUUUACAGUGUGAAAACGUGUACGAUCAUCACUAUUGCUUAUAUGAAAGUAACGAUUAAGUCUGUUGCUUGAGCUGUCUGUGGUCCAGUCAGUGUGUUUCUGGUCAUUACAGCAGGUGAUUGUGUUGUUGACAAGUUGCACUUUUUGGUUUUACUAAUUGUUAAAUGGGAAAUAAAAGCUAAACAUUUGUUUAAUUUUGCAGAAAGUACAAUAAAUUAUCUGCCUUUGUCAAA